UCCUUUUCUCGUUGGCGCAAACGUUCCGAAAUCACUAUGAGCGUCGACAAUCGUAUCGAUGCCGAUGCGCCAACCCAAGAGUGGGAUGUCGAUCGCUAUCAGGGACAGCACAGUUUUGUCUGGAAGCUUGGCAGUUCACUCCUAGAACUAAUACAAGUCAGUGACGGUCAACGCAUUCUUGAUGUUGGCUGUGGUAGCGGUGAGUUGACGCAAGCCUUGUCUCAUCUAGCAAAAAACUUGGUGGUAACGGGGAUGGAUGCCGAUCCGGACAUGGUCGCGAAAGCUCGGCAACAAUUUCCCAGCUGUGAUUUCUUUCAGGGCGACAUGCGCAAUUUUGAGGUUCCCGAGCCCGUGGAUGUUCUAUUUUCCAACGCUGCCUUGCACUGGAUACCCGCCAAGGAUGCGGGACGUGCAGUCGCGUGUAUGGCGAAGGCUUUACGACCGGGUGGACAACUAGUCGUCGAGUUCGGUGGCAAAGGCAACGUGGAACGGGUUGUGCAGUCUACGUUACAAGUCCUUCAAUUGCCGGCUUCGACGACUCCUUGGAACUUUCCUAGCAUAUCCGAGUACACAACUUUGCUGGAAGAAAACGGCAUGGAAGUAUCUGCGGCUACACUUUUCGAUCGGCCGGUCGUCUUGAAAGACGGUGAAGCGGGUCUCAGCAACUGGUUACGCAUGUUUGGCAGCACCUUCUUCAAAGGCCAGUCGGAUGAGGAAAUCGACAGUAUUCUCGUCCAGAUAAACGAUCUAUUGAGAUCAGAAUUAUUCAACGGCACCGACUGGACGGUCGAUUACCGCCGAAUUCGAAUCGUUGCAAAAAAGUUGUAAAAGUUUGCACAUGUGCAUAGCCAUUAUCAAAAGCCU